GAUAUUAGCAGAUUUAUCGAGAAUAAUCAGUGUUUAGUUUGCCCUACUUAGCUUCGGCCGGUGAAAUUCUCUGCUGCUCUUUCUUAUUUUCCCGCCAUGGAAGCCAUGGAAAUCGAUUCGGAGAAGAACCUCCACAGAAAGCAUUGCGCCUACACCUUGCUGGACGAGAGGUUUGAGAUUCAGAAGGAAAUGUACAGGGGUCAACAGUACAGCCAAAUAUACUUCGCCCGUCUACAUAUGAUGAGGACGCUCCUCUAUUCACUUGUCCCUAACUGGAAACCCUAUUUGCCAGUUUGCACAGUUUUGGAAUUGGAAAGGGACAAGGAAUGCAUCGUUGUUGGAACCCUCUACAAGGACAUGAAACUCAAGCCUUGUGUCCUUGAUGAGUACUCUAAGACGAGAACUGUGACACCACUUGUCAAGCCUCAUAAUUUUGUGCACCCGGAUGACCAUCUGAUUUUGGAAGAUGAAAGUGGAAGAGUUAAGCUUUCUGGGAAUGUGCUUUCACCUACUGUGUAUGUAACAGGGACUGUUGUUGGUUUACAUGGAAAGGAGACUGAUGCCGGUGACUUCUUAGUCCUAGAUGUCCUUGAAGCUGGCUUACCACCCCAGAUAGAAUUGCCACUGAAAUCAAGAGAAGGCAAAUAUGUUGUUUUUGUAUCUGGACUUCGUGUUGGAAGCAGCUCUUUAAACCCUCUGCAGUUUCAGCUUCUUGUUGAUCAUAUAACAGGACAUUUAGGAGAUGAGAAGGAACAAGGUAUUGCAGCACAAAUAGUUCAUGUUGUAAUUGCUGGAAAUUCUAUUGAGGUUCCUCGUGGACUUCUUAAUGGACAGAAUUUAGCGUUAAAGGACCAAUCAAGGUUGUCUGAGCCAAUUAAGGAGUUGGAUAUAUUGUUGACUCAGAUUGCUGCAGGUUUGCCUUUGGAUAUAAUGCCUGGUCUCGAUGACCCUGCUAAUUUUGCCUUGCCACAGCAGCCUUUGAACAGAUGCCUUUUCCCUGGAUCAUCGGCUUAUAACACGUUUAGAUCAUGUACCAAUCCUCAUUGCUUUGAUCUUGACGAUGUCAGGUUUCUUGGAACAUCGGGCCAAAAUAUAGAUGAUCUUGAUAAGUAUUCAGAAGCAAAGGAUAAACUUGAUUUUAUUGAAAGGACAUUGAAGUGGAGGCAUCUGGCACCAACAGCACCUAAUACUCUUGGGUGUUAUCCUUUCACGGACAGGGAUCCAUUCCUGAUCGAGAGUUGUCCUCAUGUUUACUUUGUUGGUAAUCAGGAUAAAUAUGAUAGUCGCUUAGUAAAGGGAUCUGAAGGGCAGAUGGUAAGACUCAUUAGCAUUCCUAAAUUCUGUGAGACGGGAAUUGCUGUUGUGUUAAACUUGGGGAAUCUUGAAUGCCAUACGCUCAGUUUUGGGACUCAAUUCAGCUCAUAACGAGUUAAAAUUCGAAAUUUCAGACAUCCGAAGACAUCCUCUAACAGCGUUUGUGAAGAUCCAUUGAAAAGAAAUCCGAAUGGAUGGAAUAUGCGGAGCCAGAGUGUGUAUUUGUUUCUUAUUGUAACAUUUGCUUGUUGAAUAUCUUAUAUAUGUUCUACAAAUGGCUUUUGGUGUAAUCUUUAUGGUAUUUAUUUUCAAGUAGGCUUUCAAGUUCCAAACGUGGGAUGUAAAUUUUAUCAACUGAUACAAUUUUUGACGAUGUGGUGUUAAACAUUAUUCAGGCAUUAGAUUUCUUUAGUUACUUCUCUA